AUGUUGAAUAAUGAAAUGGAUCCAAGUUGGCAUGAAUCAAUCCUGAUUAAAUCUAAAUCAAAAUCCUUGAAUAAUGGAAUAAUAAUCGAUGACACAAUUCGAUAUAAAGAUGGACGAAUGAAAGCAUUGACUGUUGCGCUUUUGGGAAUUAAUAAACGGCAAAAUCGAAUUCUUCCAAUACCGCCUUUAUUGUCAAAUUUUCCUCUAAGAAAUGAAUCGAUCUCAAAACGAACUAUUCCCAUGUCUCGCUCUUCUUUCGUACCUUCAAAAAAUGAGCCAGUCAAAUCAAUUGCUUUAUCAUUGUCUCGUCCGGUACGAUUACGAAUGUCACCACCAUCUUAUGAUCAUGUUCCUGUUCAUUCUGAUAAACAAAUCAUAUCAUCAUCAAUUCUAAUGACACUAAAACAACGAAAUUUGUCUCGGAUCAUUUCACAAAAGUGGACAAUAGAAAAGCACAAAAAGCAUGGUACCAAGCAAAUCGUUGCUAUUCAAUCAGUAACUUCCACUGUUAGAUUGCGAAAAUCGGAUAAAGAUUUCGGAAAUGGUAAAGAAGCUCGUAGAAGAAGAAGAGCGGAAAAAGAAAAAAUGUCGCCUGAGAAAGUUUUGAAAAAUAAUGUUGUACGGAAUAACAUCGACUUUAUUGAUUACGGGUACAUUUUGUUUUUUGAACCUGAACUGAUGUGA